UUCAUUAUCUGGGUCGGGCAAGGCCAGGCUCCGGCCCCAGUCAUACACUUGACGUCGACCCCGGUCCACAUUUGUGGUUUUAAUUUCCUGCCGGGCCAGUCCCAAGCAAAAAACGGAACAUGGAAUGGUUCGAAUGUUUUUUGUAGGCCCGACCCAGCUCUGGCGAAGUCCAGCCUGGCCAUUGGCAGCCCCACGAGUGGCAACAAUUAACGGAAGAUGUUCGCCGGUAGCUGCACAGCAUUUUCGCUUUCAUGCUUCAUUUAUUAAUGGAUACUCCCAAGCAAGCCACAACUGCAACAAUAUCAACAGUUGUACCGCUCUCUCUCUGUCCAUAAGUUGGAGUUGUUCUUAUUACUGCUGGCUGUCCGCCCAAUAUCCAUUUUAGCCAUUGAAGGGGAGCGUCAACUGCUAUAUAUUCCCAUUUGCUAUAUGAGUACAUCGAUUUAAUGCUUUCAGGAUGAGGAUAUCUCUGUAUAUACAUGUAGCAUCUGUGCUUCUUUGCCAGUAUGCAAAUUGAAGCUGAAUUUUGAUUGAUAGUUGUAUAAAGUAUUGUACAAGAAACCUAAAUAGCAAUCAAUAAUGAGCUCUGGGGAAACUCUAGAGUCGAAGAGCUCUGAGUCACCACUAAUGGAAGGAUUUGAUAAUCCAACAGUUGAACAUGGUUCAGCUGUAAAUAUAGAUAAGGAUCAAAAUAAAAUGGGUGCUGGAGCAGAUGAACUCGACAGCUUGAUGGUUGACGCACAUGAUGGUACACAGCAGGGAGGAGGCAAUCAAGAAGCUGCAGAAGUAAACAUGGAGGCUACCAUUACAGAGGAUGAUGUUGUAAGGGCUGGUGGUUUUGGAGCUACUGAUGACAUAGGCAGCUUCCUUCCUGUUGCAGUUGAUUCCACUGACUUUGAGGCCUCACUACGUGAUGCUCGGGACUAUGAGGAACCACAGGGAGAAGUGUCUAGGCCUGGACUUGGCUGGGAAGGAGUUCCCCAAACCAAAAUAGAGAAGUGCUAAUUUCUGUAGUUCGUUUGAGUAUUAAGGCUAGUAGACUGUAUGGAUAGUUCUUGAAAGUGGCUUUUGUAAUUGUUCUUUUUAUGCCCUGAUGCUGGUCUUCUGUACUGAGAGUCUCAGAUUAGGAAUUUACUGUUUACUGCUUCCUGGUAAAAGAGGAAUGCGAUGUUUCAUUUGUCUCAAUUUGUAGUCCUUGCACUAUUGCCUUUUGCUUGUUGAUUCACUUAAUAUUUGGAAUAGUGAUUUGCAUUUCAUGUGGCUUU